UCACGCAUGCUUAUUUGGUGUUUAAAAUACUAAACAAAAACUACAACAACAAAAGUUUUUACUUCAGUUUUGUUUUGAAAUACAAUACGAAUAAUAUACUGUAUAUUAAAUUAUUAGGAUCGACUAAACAUUUUUCAGGGAAAACAAAAACAUACCCGAACCCUGACGUUUUUUUCGUAAGUACAACAUUUCUGUUCUUUGCAACAGGCGACUGGUUGUUUAGCCAUAAGCUAUUUUUUAAACGAGUGGGUGGUGUGAAUUUAAACUUCCUUUCUACUAUCACCACAAGCUGAACAGAAGAGCCAUACACGUUGCACAAUGUGUUUUACUCCCUACAAGAAGAAUAUAUUUGUAAAUAUUAUAAAUGAUUUGCUUUUGUUAUCUAGAGACAAGGGGGCUAAACAACAAAGACUAAGAGCGUAAAGAGGGGCUUUGCAAAGUAUAGGAUUAGAGAAAUGCAUAUUAUGCAGUUCUGCAUAAGCAGACAAGCCUGUGCUUGCAUGCUUCUUGGGAAAAACGCAACAAUUUUGUCAACCGUACUUGUAUCGGCCUUCUGUUUGACAUGAAUCGACUUUUAAGUGUAUGCAGAAUAAAGUGACAUUUUCAUGAACGCCUACACUUAUAAACUUCGCUCUUUAAAGUCCAUGCACCAGCGACACGAAGGUGUAACAUUAGAUCAAACGACGCGACAUAAAUAACCGGUAGCCGCACUUCCUGGUGCUGUAUUCAAGGAUCACUGUGCCAAGGGAACCGAAACAGCCAGCAUCGCGUGUGGGAAGUGUCACCGAUGAGCGAGCGCGCACCGACGGAGCGAGGAAUGCGGCGGUACUCGCAGUCGCGCGCCAGGUAGCGUUCAAACGAGAAGAUUCGCGAACGGGUCGCGAGACGGUGUUUUAUUUCCCGCCGUGUGCGCGAGCCGCUGGUGAAGCGAUGCUGUAGCCAUGGACUGCAGGAUAAAGGAGAAUCCUGCGAGGACGUUUGAUCUGGUGCUACAGGUUGCGUGUCCGUCGUCUGAAAAUGAAGAUCCGACAGUGCUGUGGAAGUUCCCUCAGGACUUUGGAGACCAGGAGGUCCUCCAGACUUUGCCCAAGUUCUGCUUCCCGUUUGACGUGGAGAGAGUGUCCCAGACUCAGGUGGGCCAGAACUUCACAUUUGUGCUCACAGACAUUGAGAGCAAGCAGAGGUUUGGAUUCUGUCGUUUAACGUCCGGCUGCAGGGUCUGCAUCUGUUUGCUCAGUUAUCUCCCAUGGUUUGAGAUCUACUAUAAGCUGCUAAAUACACUUGCAGACUACUUGUUGAAAAACCAGGAAGACGACUUGAACGACAUGCUGGAAACGCUGCACAACCACCCCGUGCCAAAGCCGAAUAUGCCAGUAAAUCUGAGUGUGCAUUCAUGCUUCAUAGCUCCUGAUGUUAAUGGACUCCCCACCAUACCUGAAAAUAGAAAUUUAACAGAAUACUUUGUAGCGGUGGAUGUGAACAACAUGUUGCACCUCUACGCCAGCAUGCUACAUGAGCGACGAAUCAUCAUUACCUCAAGCAAGCUUAGCACUUUAACUGCAUGCGUGCAUGGAUCCACCGCCAUGCUCUACCCCAUGCACUGGCAGCACAUCUUCAUCCCCGUUCUUCCUCCUCAUCUGUUAGACUACUGCUGCGCACCCAUGCCAUAUCUGAUCGGAGUUCAUCUCAGCCUUUUAGAGAGAGUGAAGAGCAGGUCUCUGGAGGACGUGGUCAUUUUGAAUGUGGACACAAACACCCUGGAAAGCCCUACGGACGACUUGCAUAACCUGCCCAGUGACGUUCUCUCCAGUCUGAAGAGUAAACUGAAAAAGCAGUCGACUGCUACCGGCAGCGGUGUGGCUCGGGCCUUCAUGCAUGCACAGGCUGCUCUGUUCGGCUCGUACCGGGACGCCCUGAGAUACAAGCCUGGAGAGCCAAUCACCUUCUGCGAGAAGAGCUUCGUGGCGCACCGCUCCAGCACCAUGAGAAGUUUCCUUGAGAUGGCCGUGAACUUGCAACUCUUCAAACAGUUCAUUGAAGGCAGACUGGCCAAAUUAAACGCAGGAAGGGGCUUUACAGACGUCUAUGAAGAGGAGAUCACAGAGGGGGGCUUCUGUAGAAGCAACACAAGAUCUUAUCAACAGUGGAUUCACACAAAGAUGAGGCAGAGGGCGAAACCAGUGGUGAAAAACCUUCAGAUGGCCAAAGAUCACGCGAAACGGAAAAUACGUGACAUGAAGGACAAGAUCACCCAAAAGGACGCUGAAGAAGAGGAAAGCCCAUACCGUCCUGGUUCUCCCACCAGCACUAAAAGCCUCUCACCCAGGAGACUUCAGAAGAAAGCGCAUCUCCAUCUACAAUCAUCUCCGCACCUGAGCCUCACCUAUACAGACAAUUACGACAACAAUGACGAUACAGCCAGCAGGAUAUCAUCCGAGGACAGCGGCGGGGUGCCGUCGUACAAUGAAGACAGCGAGGAUUCCGAAUUUGAGCCCGACGGGGGCCAGAAGGGGCAGAUGAGCCUGCUGGAAGAGAUUCUGGAUUCGCUCAGCACAUCCCACAUAGAGCAGAGUCGGCUCUCCGCAGCCAAGAGCCUGGACUUCUUGAGAUCCGUCGAAGACCUUGACUACAGUCCCACGAAACACUGCAAAUCCCAUUCGGCAAGCACUUCUGCUCAGGUCAGCUGCGAAGUCGGAAACGGCGAACAAGGUGAGUGGAACAUGGGUCAGGACGACAGCGCCGUCUACGGUAAACAUCUCCCACCUUCGCCCCGGCGUCAAGCCAGCUCCCGUUCCCUUCCCAUCCAUCCUCCCCUUCAGAACAACCUACCCGCCGAAGAGUCCUCUGACCACCCUGUGAGGAACUCUCUCCCUGACGUACCCACAAUUGAACUCACUAAACCUUCCGAGACUAACACCACAUGCUCUCAUACUCUCACCGAGUCCACAUGCAACACUCAACUCACCUCCGACCACCAGCGUCCGGCAGCUUGCAGCCUCUCACGGCAGAAGGUCUUCUCUAGAAAGAGACCUCAACAGGACCUGAAGCGGACAGCGGGACCCAGCGGCGGGCAGCAUUCCGCACUCGUACCAUGGGAGAUGGAAAAAGAGCAGAUCGCAGGAGAGGUCAAACAGGAGGAGGACAUUGAAGAAAAAGGCUUGCUGGAGGAAAUCGAUUCGAUGUGUCGGCUCAGCAUGGCCAUUACAAGUAACCUGGUUUUCACACAGGUUCAGAAAAACACCAGCUCGGACAAAUCCUGAAAAAUCACCAAACACUCACACGUGACCUCUCUCGGUUCUUAUUGGCGCUCUUGUACAACUUCACACCAGCACCGGGUUUGCACGAAGUAAGAGGUUCAUUUCAAGUGUUUUUGUAGUCUGUGUGAAUAGAUGAUACUUUUAUUUUCACAUCUUUCAAAACGAAAAAUCCAAGGGUUCAAAGGGUUCACAACAUUUGUCGUAUGGUAGUCAUAUUUAUUGUAGCUGUAUUUCAAUUUCAAAUACAACGCCAAUGAUUUGCACUUGAACGCGGAGAGUUACGCAUCAGAUCUAUUUAGAUGUCACUGUGGAUGAGGGGCAGACGUCCAUCUAUAUAUAUUUUACUAAAUCGUACGAAAGUAUUUAAAUAGAGAACUAAUUUCAACUAAUAUAUGAUGCCUUAAACCAGUUUCAUUUCAUUUUUUUCUCCGCAGUGUUUUCCAGACCGUGACUGUAGCGGGCUAGCUUGCUACUAUCGAUACUCGCGUGCAAUGCAUCUUAAAAGAGAGAUUUAUGCAGGACAGAUGGAGAACUGGUUCUUCAUUUGCAUUGUGGGUAAUGGGUAUAUUUUUGAAAUGCUAUUUUUCCAAAAUUCUCAGGAUCGAGAUAGAAAUGUAUUUUGUUUUUGCUUCACUAGGCCCUAGAUGCGAAUGUAAUAAUACUUGAUGAAAUCCCAUUUACUAACGCGGUUAAGUGUAAUAGCCUUAAAAUCGACAGCCAAAGUAUAUUAAUGUUCCUGAAGUGUUUAUGUUCGAACCUUGACAUUUCUUGGGCUGCCCAGUGGAAAGGGAAAACCGGUUACUAAUAAAAGAUACUUCAAAAUCAUUCUUCAGUUUAGUACCAAGUUUAAUCUGUGGCCUAAAACUUAAGUACAUGAACGCCGGAGCUUAUAAACUAUGCAACUGCGUUGUCGCAUUGUGUCAGUUUGUGCGACAGGGAAACUGAGAAAUAUUAGUUUCGGGUCAUUUUGAAGAUUAAACAACUGUGUGCUAACAGUGAAUUGGCAUUUUAUGGUGUUCUGUACUUGAUUGAGUAUAUUGAAUUUGUCAAGCAUGCAAAGAUCAAAUUUGAGCAUCACUUUUAAUGUCACAUUGGUGCACCAACUAGGAAGUGGUCAUUAGAUUCAGUGCUGGGUUCUUUAGUGGCUGAUGAAGUCUUUAGACUCUUGAGUGAUGUAGCACACAAGCUAUUUAUUCGAUCACCUCACAUCUCAUGUUGUAACAGUGUAGUUUUUAAAGUGUCCUAUAUCUUAAAUAUGCAUCUCAGUUGCAGUCGAUUUUGUAACAUCUAUUUGGCUUCGUUCCUGUGUGUUAAUGAUAACAGUGUAGCUCCAGGUUGAUCUGAAACUAUAUGCUUUAGCAUUUGAACCAAUCGAGAUCAUGUGACUAUGCAAAUUCCCACCUUUUUAGCAACAUUGGCAUUAGUAUUAAUAGUGUGUAAUACUUCACUUGAAACAUAAAUGCUGUUCGUACUGUAACUUACACUGAAAGGACAAACUAGGAGAUGGAAAUUGUGAGCGAUGUACUGCAGAUUUGCCUAUAUAGUUCAUAUAUUGGCACAAAUAAUCCUUAAUGUCCUUGAGACUCGGAGGACAUGUAAUGAUGGUACAAGAUUUCUCCCUAAAUUACUGACUAGUAAAUUAACCAUCAGCAACCUGUAGCAAUUUAUGAAUUUUCUUUUUAGCCCCGCCUCAUAUUUAAAUGCACUGUUGUGCCUUAUUAUUGAUUUCAUCAGCUAUAGUUGGUGUGACUUUAUCUCUGUUACAAACGUUUGCUUUUAGUUUUGUAUUUUGUUUAGUAGUACUCUACAAUCGGACAAUUUAUGCCACAAUCUUUUAUUAAUGUAAAGCCAUGAUAUUGUAAUUCACAUUAAGCUCUAAAAAUGGCCCUGAAAUAUAAAAAUGAACACUGAAGCCUCAUAUACUUGUGAUAUAAUGUGCUUUUUGUCUGUUAAAUUGUUUUUACGUACAUGAUUGAUGCAAGGACCAUCAGCCUGCACCAACCAGACACAAAAUCUGAUUUCAUGUUAUUUUUCAUAAACAACCUGCAGUUUCAUUGCGUAUUAAUACAGUUGCAUUAGAUAUUUUUGGUGUUGUAAAUUUGAUAAAUGUCUCGAGUGUGCUCUGCAUUUUAUUCACUUGAUUGUUUUGCAUUUUCCAAGUGUCUUUAAGUUCAUAGACAUUUUAAAAUGAAUUUUGUUAAGGAUUCUGUUGCAUUAUUUGAAAUCUGGUCACACUGCAGCACUGAAGGCGUUAUAUUAAAGAUGAAUCACGCAAGCUGUUUCAGUUUAGCUGAACACUACUUAUAACAAGGUAGUAGCCACAAAAAAGAGAUUCAAUAAAAAGUGUUUUGUACACUUUUGAACUGCUGUAAAGUACUACCCAAAAUCUUUCUUUAUACUGUUUACAUAUGAACUGGUUCUUGAUGUGCAUUUUUAUUGUAAAGUUCUGUAUUCUUUUGUUUUUUUUGAAGAUGAAUGAGCACACCUCACGAAGUCUAACAUGAUGUCAACUUUUAUGACUGUGGUACCAUUUUUGUUUUGUAACUUUUUCCUUAAGUUGAUCAAGUUUGAUGUGUCUCGCUGUGGCACUUAGUAAAUUGUGACGUGCUGUAAUCAAAUCAGUGCAUUUUACAACAGAUUUUGUUUGGUUUAAGGACAGACUUAACGUUCAUUCUUUUUCUCGAAUGCACAUACUAUAGAAACUCAGUGCCAUGUUUCUUCUGUGGUGGUUGAUGGUUGAAGCGAAUGCUUCUGACUGACUAAUCUUAAAUGAUAGAACUCUUCAUACACAGCCGCAUGCUUUCGGUACAGUUGUAUACAGUGUUCAUGUGUCAAAUAGGUCAGUCCAAUGUGUUUUUACAAAACUGUUUGCACUGUGAACUGAAAAUAAAUGAUAUAAAUGUCUAUACAA